AUGCCCAGGUCUCUACCCAAGUCCGCCUCGCGCGAGGACGAGACCGAGUCCGAAGCCACCCCCAUCGCCCGAACAGCUCCCGCAUCCCCGGCUGCCUACCGACGAUCCCAAAGCUACCUCUCCGAAACACAUACAGAAUACCAGUCUCUGGAUCUCCCGCCAGCAGUAACUGAAACCACCAGCCUACUAGGCCCGUCGUCUGGCCCCCAACGGCGAGCUCCGCAGCGAUCAUAUACCAAUACAUCCGGGCUAUCAGGCGGGGCCCCGGAAACAUUCAGACACCUUUUAGCAGCUGGCAGCCUGCGCCGGACGCGAAAUCACAGCCGUGCCAACUCUGUCGGCAAGCGGCUGAGUCGACGGGGAAGCUUGGACGAUGAAAGUAGACCGGCCAGCAUUCCGCCGUCAACGAAAGACAACCUCACCGCCUCUUCGUUCUUGGACGAGCGGACUUGGUACGAUCAGUUCACCUCGACGGACUGGGUGCAUGAUAGCAUCGCCGAUGGGACUCGCCUCCGCCUAUUGCGUCAGCGCAAAGAUCUGCGAGGUCGAUUGUUGGCUGCAUUUGACGGUGCGCAGGGAUGGAUCUUAGUCGCUCUCAUUGGUUGCAUAACUGCAGCUAUCGCCUACUUCGUUGAUGUCACAGAAGGCGCGAUAUUCGACGUCAAGGACGGCUUCUGCACGACCCAGUUCUUUCGCAGUCGACGGACCUGCUGCGAGGGGCUGGCCUUGUGCGACUCAUGGCAGUCAUGGUCGAAUAUCUUCCUGCCAUCAGGCACAGAGAACAUGUGGAUCGACUUCUUUAUGUUUGUCUUUUGGGUUGUGGUGCUGGCGCUCAUCUCAUGUGCCCUGACUCUACUCACAAAAACGGUUGUGCCUUCGUCGAUCUCCCUAGCCACUCUUGAUGAGAACCUGGGCGCGGACUCUCGGGGCAGUCGGUCUGGAAACGGUCUCAGUGCCUUGGCCUCGCCUCCCUCGGAGUCUGAGCCGGAGUCACCGCCACACGGAAGUCUACCUAACAACCCAUCUCGUCCUGCUAUGAUAUACUACUCCGCUGCUGGCAGCGGAGUCGCUGAGGUCAAAGUCAUCAAUAGUGGUUUCGUCCUACAUGGCUACAUGGGCUUGAAGACGCUCGUGAUUAAGACCAUUGGAUUAAUUUUCAGUGUCUCCUCGGGUCUAAGCUUGGGCAAAGAAGGCCCGUACGUUCACAUCGCCACCUGCGUGGGCAACAUCUCCUGCCGCCUAUUUGCCAAGUACAACCAGAAUGAUGGAAAACGUCGAGAAGUGCUGAGCGCUAGUGCCGCCAGCGGUGUUGCCGUUGCUUUUGGUGCCCCGAUCGGUGGUGUCCUCUUCAGCUUAGAAGAAGUCAGCUAUUAUUUCCCUCCCAAGACCCUAUUCCGAACAUUCUUCUGUUGCAUCGCAGCCACCCUUUCGCUCAAGUUCCUCAACCCAUACGGAACCGGAAAAAUCGUUUUGUUCGAAGUCCGGUAUCUGUCAGACUGGGAGAUUUUCGAGAUCUUCAUCUUCAUCGCCCUUGGUAUCAUGGGAGGCGCAGCCGGUGCCCUAUUCAUCAAAGCCUCGAGCUGGUGGGCCCGAACCUUCCGUCGCAUUCCCGCAAUCAAGAAGUGGCCAAUGCUCGAGGUCUUCCUUGUUGCGCUUCUUACAGGCGUGGUCAGCUUUUGGAACCGAUACACCAGGAUUCCAGUGACAGAACUCCUUUUUGAGCUGGCAAGUCCUUGCGAGACCGAUGUGGAAAGCUCAGGUCUAUGUCCUCGGGCAGACGGCAUUCUCGAAAUCAUCAAGUAUCUGAUGGUAGCCUUUGUCAUAAAGAGCAUUCUUACCAUCGUCACGUUUGGCAUCAAAGUUCCCGCAGGCAUUUACGUACCAUCCAUGGUAGUCGGUGGAUUGAUGGGACGGAUUGUCGGACACUUGAUCCAAUACUGGGCUCUCAAACACCCCACAUUCUUUUUGUUUGAUUCUUGCCCCGCUGGCUCUGGAAUCGAGUCGUGUGUCACUCCGGGCGUCUAUGCAUUGAUUGCUGCUGGAGCGACCAUGUGUGGUGUGACCCGAUUAUCGGUCACUCUGGCGGUCAUUCUGUUCGAACUGACGGGGAGUCUUAACCAUGUUCUCCCAUUCUCCCUGUCGGUACUAUGCGCCAAGUGGACCGCGGAUGCCAUCGAGCCUCGCAGCAUAUACGACCUUCUAACUGAUAUGAACUCAUAUCCUUUCUUGGACAGCAAACUCCAGCCAACAACUGAUGCCGUAUUGGGAGAUAUUGUUCGACCGUUCCGAAGAAACCGCAUCAUUGAUAUUUCCGAUUCACCAUUCGUUCCUGCUACAGACCUGCGAUCAAGACUGGAGCAUUUACUCAUGGCUGGCGAAUUGGAUAGUGGCCUUCCAAUCCUGCGCAAUGGUGUAUUGACCGGUUUAAUCCCGGCACCUGAUCUAGAAUACGCUCUGGAUAACAUGGUCGACAACGAAGACAAUACAGUCUGUCUCAUGUCCAUUGAUUCAUCCACGGCUAUCUAUGACAGUGAUUACGAGGAUGCCGAGCAGGUGGACUUCAGCCCAUUCAUUGACGUGGCUCCGAUUGCUCUCGAUGUGCACUCUUCCAUCGAUCUAGUGUACCAGUGCUUUGCCAAACUUGGCCUUCGAUAUCUAUGCGUGACCUUGGACGGCAAAUAUACCGGCCUGGUACACAAGAAGUCAUUUGUCAAAUUUAUGAAGGAGAACAGUGACUAG